UUUUAAUUGCUUAAUAUCAGAAAGUUUAUUUAAGUUUGAACAGACAAAAAUAUCUUUGUUGCGGGAGAGCUAUGCCCUUUUAUUUAGCGGUCAUACCGACUUGGAGCACCGAAGUCCAUGCGCUUUCCUAGGCUUCCCGCGAAAUCCUCAACGGUCAAAAACCACCCCUUAACCACCAUCCCAAACCACCCACCUUUGCUGAAACACCGCCUUCUUCCUUCUUCCUUCUCCUUCUCGUCUUAUUCUUUUUCUUCAAUGUUUCUCCUCUGAUCCUCUGCUCUCUCUAAGCGGAUUCCGAAUCACCGGACUCCGCUAUGGAAGAUGAAUACAGCAAUUCUCACGCCGGCCUCCAAGUUCCGCCCCUUCCGGCGACGACCCUCCUACGCGCCCAUCACCUCCGACCUCAACCCCUACCACAUUCUCUGGCGCUACCAAAUUCUCGAGCCCGACGGCGACAUCGUCACUUAUUGGAACCACGUCUUCCUCGUCACCUCUCUCAUUUCCCUUUUCCUCGACCCUCUCUACUUCUUCCUCCCCUCCGUCGGCGGUCCUGCCUGCCUCACCAGUGACACCAGCCUCGGCAUUGUUGUUACCUUCUUCCGUACUGUUUCCGAUCUCUUUUACUUGCUGCAUAUGGUGAUGAAGUUUCGGACUGCUUUCGUGGCUCCCAGUUCGAGAGGCCUUGGUCGCGGUGAGCUGGUUAUGGAUGCUCACACGAUCGCUAUGCGUUACUUGAAGUCUGAUUUUAUUAUUGAUUUAGCUGCCACUCUACCGCUUCCUCAGAUUGUCAUCUGGUUGGUAAUACCUGCAACAAAAAAAGACAGAGCAGAUCAGACCAACAACACUCUUGCUCUCAUUGUACUCAUUCAAUAUGUUCCUAGACUGUUCCUUAUUUUCCCUUUGAAUCGGCGGAUCAUAAAAACUACAGGAGUUGUUGCUAAGACUGCUUGGGCAGGAGCUGCUUACAAUCUCCUUCUUUACAUGCUAGCCAGUCAUGUAUUAGGAGCUUCUUGGUAUCUAUUGUCCAUGGGCCGACAGCACGCCUGCUGGAAAGCAGAGUGUGCAAAAGAAAGUGCAGCAGGAAUUUCAUUUUGUCUCCCUAGUUUUCUGGACUGUAAAAGUUUGGAACUAGAAGAACGGCAGUAUUGGAUGAAUGCUACUCGAGUAGUUGCUAAUUGUGAUGCUAGAGGGCAUGAUACAGAAUUUAAGUUUGGAAUGUUUGCAGAUGCUUUUACUAAUGAUGUUGCUUCAUCAAAAUUUAUUGAGAAAUACUUGUAUUGCCUCUGGUGGGGAUUAAAAAAUUUAAGUUCAUAUGGACAGACUUUGGAAACAAGCAUUUAUAUUGGCGAGACAACAUUUUGCAUUGUUAUAUGCAUUGGGGGUUUAGUUCUAUUUUCACAGUUGAUUGGAAACAUGCAGACCUAUUUGCAAUCUAUGACGGUAAGACUUGAAGAAUGGAGGGUUAAGCGAAGAGAUACAGAGGAGUGGAUGAGGCACCGUCAAUUGCCUCCAGCUUUGCAAGAACGGGUACAUCGGUUUGUGCAGUACAAAUGGCUUGCAACAAGAGGAGUUCAUGAAGAAUCAAUUUUGCAUUGGUUGCCCCUGGAUCUCCGUCGUGAAAUACAAAGGCACCUAUGUCUUGGCCUUGUCCGCCGUGUGCCUUUCUUUGCACAAAUGGAUGACCAGCUUCUUGAUGCCAUUUGCGAACGCCUCACCUCAUCCUUGAGUACUGAAGGCACCUAUAUCUUUCGAGAGGGUGAUCCAGUAAAUGAGAUGCUGUUUAUCAUUAGAGGACAACUGGAGAGCUCCACAACCAAUGGGGGAAGAUCAGGAUUCUUCAACUCCAUCACCCUUAGACCUGGUGACUUCUGUGGCGAGGAAUUACUGACAUGGGCCUUAAUGCCUAACCCGAGCAUAAACUUGCCGUCUUCUACUCGAACUGUAAGGUCUCUUUGUGAAGUUGAAGCUUUUGCACUAACAGCUGAAGACCUCAAAUUUGUUGCAAGUCAGUUCAGGCGACUUCACAACAAGAAACUCCAGCAUGCCUUCAGGUACUAUUCUCAACAAUGGAGGACAUGGGGUACUUGCUAUUUACAAGAUGCUUGGAGAAGAUAUAAAAAGAGAAAGCUGGCAAAGGAGUUGGCUAGACAAGAGAGCUACAACUAUAUGCUGAUCCCUGAUCAAGAGUAUAAUCUCAGUGAUGAGCCAUCAGAUGGAAAUUUUGUGGUUGGAAGAGACGAGAGCGCAUUAACAGACAAUCCAAACAAUGUUCAACAUCUUGGUGCCACGAUUUUAGCUUCAAAAUUUGCUGCAAAUACAAGAAGAGGGGUUGCUCAGGAGGUUCGGGUGGUAGAGCCUGCUGCUCCUAGCUUGAAGAUGCCCCGGCUGCUAAAGCCAGAUGAACCUGAUUUUUCUGUAGGCCAUGAGGAUGUUUAGUUAGUACAAGAACCAGUUGAUCAGAAAAAGAUUGAAGGAGCUAACAAGAGAUCAGUUAGGAUUUUCUUUACAACUUUUGUGUAAAUUUUACCAUAGACUAGUAAUGUAUGUCACACUCCCAAUUCUCUUCUCCUUGUGCCUUUCUUGUUUCUCCUCCUGAUAAUUGCAAAACUAAUUCUUCCUUA